AUGGAGGCCCCAAAAGAGCCUCGGCGCCCAACCCUAAAAUGGGAUGUUGCCAUGCGGCAAGUAUUGUGCUGUUUGUAUCGCUUCUUUUGCUGUGAUAAAAAGCAAGUGAUGGAGAUAUUCUCGUUUAUGUUCCGAGGCCAUCUCCAAGAGCGCGGAAUCCGUGGGUUUGUCCCGUAUGCAACUCUCCACACUCAGUGGAGCUGGAUGAGGAACAGCGGAGACGUGAUUUGGUACCACGUACAUAUUGAUACGGAGUUCAACACGGAUGGAGAUUGGCGUGAAGUUAUACAAAGGAUCAAAGAUGCAGCUGAGGUCCUUCAGCUGCGUCUUCAAGAGAGGAAAGAAGACAUUGACACGUCUCGGUGGAAAUCAUCAGGAUCACACGUUGCGUGGGACACUGAUUUCCAUGCCUCUGUGGCUCUGACAUCUCAGCAAAGGUCUGGCACGACUUCUCUCUGGCAUGAAAGGCAAGGGGACUUUGGACCUUAUGGCCUGAGGUUUUAUGAAUAUUGUGGACAGUCAAACAGCAAUUGUACGACUGAAACCAUUGAUUUCGCUGAUGUAGCUACCACAGAGCCCUCCCAAGCUCUGGUCAAUGAUAAAGUGCCAGUUGAUGAAUCUCAACACCGCGAUGACAACCCGCAGAACCUUGAUCCUGCCCAUCCAAGCGUUGAUUCAAUCCCGCCACUGCUGUUUCGUUGGUGGAACAUAGAUUCGCAAGGAACAAACUCCAAACUCGAGGUUGUUGCUGGUCUUUUCUGCAUCAGGGAGACAUUUGACCCGGAGGUUAUUACAGCCACCGAGUUUGAAGCCUUCUUUAAAGCCCAUGUAACAAAGCAAGAACUUGCGAGUCCCUUCAUCUCGACAUUUUCCUUUCCCCUUGCACCAUUUCAUCGGGCUUUGAUCAAUCAGAAGGGAGCCAAAGUGUCAAUCAUUGACACAUCCAAGGUGAAAGCCAGGAUUUUUUAUGCUUACCCUCUAGCAGUUAGGACCAGGACGUUUACAUUCAGCUGGAAAGGUUACGCAGAAUAUCUGGUUUGGGGGCAAAUACCAGCGGAGGCAAUUGUCUCGACCCUGGAUAUCGAGACAGUGCAGCUAAUUGCACAGCUAAACCGGGAUGUUAAUCGUCUAUUGCAACCGCAAUUGAUACAAGCGAUGCCACGCUGCAAUCAGAAGCUGCGUGACAUACUGGCUACCAGACAUAAAUGGCAGUCAUCGUUCAAAUGCGGUUUAACCUUGAGGAAACUUCUUGUUUACCUCCAAGUUCCUCAGACCCAUUGGGAGAAAAUUGCACCAAAGUUCGCCCACUGCUGGGGGUGGAAGUAUGUUGGCGAGAAAAGAGAAUUCAUGGAGGGUGCUCUGUCUGGAAACCCUUUCUCACAGGAAGAAUUGUCGGACUCAGAGAGUGAAUGGGUAAUUUCAACUCUCCAGGCGACGCCUAAGAAAGGGCCCAAGGGCAAAGUACCAAAACUGGACGAGGACGACUGUGAGCCCUUGGAUUAUCAGGAAUUUGAACAGAAUGAGGAGUCUCGAAAGGAUUCUUUCAAUCAGCAACAGGAGCCAGAAACUUCCCAGAAGUCCCCAAGGAAGCCCUUCUUCUACCGCGGGUCUCCUAGUCCAGACUUGGAUUGGGUACCCCCGGAAGAAGAAGAGGACACAGAGGGACACUCUGAUGAAGAUGACAAAGGAAAUGAUAUCUCCGCGACACAAUCCCAGUCUAUGGAGGAACGGAGUGAUACUACGGAGGAGACCUUUGCGAAACUGGCCGAAGACUAUGUUGCAUUGAAUUGGGAACCUGCAAUGCCAGAGAACACACAUAACAGCAUGCCAUCCAAGGACCAUGAAGUGAACCGCCCCUUUAUGCAGGGCUCCUGUGUUGAUCAUGACAACAGAGACACAGAUAUGGACAUGGUUGAGGACGUCGGCGAAGAAGAGGACGAAGAUUUCCAGAGUGUGCUCGAGGAAGAAUGGCCUUCUGAAGAUGAUUGCCCCGAACUCAAGACCUUCAACCCCAUUCGAUUCCGCUCAUGA